UGCCCUGUCAGCAUCUGAGUUAGAUAAAAAUCUAAUUCUCCAUGUUCCCUUUGAAUCCACGUCAGGCGCUCGUCGAGAUGUACCUUGGAACUCUGUGUGUGUGUGUGUGUGUGUGUGUGUGUGUGUGUGUGUGUGUGCGCGCGCGUGCGUGUGUGUGUGUGUGUUCAUAUUCGUAAUAAGUGACCUCCAAAACCCCUCCCUCCUACGCACACUUCCCCGCGCUACUCCGCCAAAUGUGACGUCAUUCUGAAAAAUUCUUCGGCCACAUGUUACAUCUAUAUUCACAUCAUAGAGUAAUGAUAUGUCCUCCUUACUCUGUGGUCAUAUUCUUCCAUGGACAAAUGCCUAUGUGGAACAUGUUGGAGAAGAGUGGCAGCAUUGUUUGUUAACAGUUGAGCAUCGAAUUUUCUUCACAUGAGUGUGUGAUUUAGAUUUUGUGGUUAUAUUUAUCAUCCAAGUCUUCUGAGAGAGUGGGGAAAAUUGUAAAUAGUGCAGUAUGUGGUUCGAAUCGGAUGGUGUGAUUGACCUCUUUAAAGAAUAUUUUCCCUACUAUCUUGUAAUUGUUCUUCCUAUAUUUAUUAUAAUAUCGCCGGUAAAUCCUGUACAGGCAGCACAUGAGUUCCCUGCAUAUAGAAUGCAACAGUAUGAUUUGCACGGUGUGCCUCAUGGUUGUCGUUACUCUCCUGUGAACUUGGAGGCGAGAUCUUUAAGUGGUUGGAGUACAACUCGCCACUGUGUCGUGGCGCGCCUGGAGGAUUUAACAUACGAUCAAUUCAAAGAAAUACACGCCAAAGCUGGCGCGUUAUUAGUUAUUUUACCUCAAAAUAUUGCAAAUCUUGAAAACGAUGCCAAAGAGCAAAUUCUGCAACUUGAGGAAGUGAUGAUGAAACAGGAAGUUUUAAUUCCUGUUUAUUUUGCUGAAUGGUCUCAAGAACUGGACAGCAUAGUAAAUGACUUGUCACAUAUUCUCUUCAGUUGCAUUUCUGCAAAUGGUUACCAAAUUGUAAUUGGUACAAAUCAAGCUACAGCAAAACAAGAUAUCAAUGUUGCUACAAUCCAGGGCAAACUGUCUGGAUAUGGUGUUGAGGAGAAGUUACCCACCAUAGCUUUAGUUGCACAUUAUGAUAGCUUUGGAGUUGCUCCAGAACUUUCAUUUGGAGCUGAUUCUAAUGGUUCAGGUGUAGCUAUGCUGUUAGAAUUAGCUAGGCUGUUUUCUCAUUUAUAUUCAAACACAAGUACACAUGCUCAUUAUAAUCUAAUUUUUCUCCUUACGGGAGCUGGUAAACUUAAUUAUUUGGGAAGCAAGAAGUGGUUGGAAGAUCAACUAGAUGGCCUUGAGAGUUCAGUUGUUCAGGAUGCAGCAUAUGUGUUAUGCUUGGACUCAGUGUCAUCAUGUGGAACAUUGCAUUUACAUGUUUCAAAGCCGCCUAGAGAUGGAACUCCAGGCUCUGUUCUCUUCAAAGAACUGAAAGCUGUUGCCAGUUCUUUUCAACCGGAAGUAAAUGUGGAAGGCAUGCACAAAAAAAUUAAUCUGGCAGAUGAUGUUCUUGCUUGGGAACACGAGCGUUUCAGCAUCAGACGUCUUCCAGCUUUUACAUUAUCAUCAAUUAAGAGUCAUCGUGAUUCUUUACGUUCAUCCAUUUUGGAUAUCCAAGGACAAUUGAAAGAAAGUUGUCUUAUUCGAAACACACAGAUUCUAGCUGAAUCUCUAGCAAGACACAUCUUCAACCUAACAGUGGGAGAAAUCUUUUCUGACAAUUUGGGCGUUGAAGAGGAAUCCAUGCAAGCAUGGUUGGAUUUUCUGACAUCACAGCCACGUUCAGCACAAUUAUUGGCUCAAAAGCCAAGUCCUUUUAUAUCAUCUCUCCGAGAUACAAUGGCCAGGUAUCUGAAAGAGGUGAAGAUAUCAUACCAGUCUCCUGACAAAAGAGAUCCUGAAUUCAUCUUUUAUGACAUCACAAAAGCUCCUGUGAAUGUCUACAGAAAUUUCCUGCUGCAUAUAAUUUGGUGGCUGGCUUCAUUAAAAUACCAAAGAGGCAUUGAAUGGCUAGAACCUCCAGUAAAUGAACUUCUCAGGAAGAAGUUCGUUUUCAGGUGAUGGAUAAUAAUUCGCAGAGACUUUGGAGAAAUUGCCCCACUGCCAUGUUGUUAUUUGAGCUAUUUCAUCACAAGAAAUGUACAAGGCAGUAAUAAUCUAGUGACCAAAUGACAAGGAGGGCAAAUAAGGCUUCCUUAACGAUUUUUUGAGUAUCUCCAUUUAUUGUAGCAUUAUUGGAUUUUGAGAAUGUGGUAUAAAAGUUGUAUUAUACAUUUACACAAAAUAUUUAAAAAACUAACUUCCAUUUUCAUCAACAUUUUGCAUGUUUUCAUGUAUAAACAUGAACUUCAGUGAAUAAGUCUAGAUACUUUUGUGACAUGUGAGAAUGUGUGCUCUCAAAAUCUGAUUAUGAUACAGUGAAUGGUAUGGACGAGAGAAAAAUGGAAAUGUUUCACCAUUUAUAUUGUAGAUUGAAGUAUAUUUGAAGUAACAUUUUUCACCCAUUUUUGUGUUUGAUAUUGUAUUGUUAAAUAAAAAUAUCCAUCUGUAAAUUACAUCUUGACUUAUGUUCUCUGUUGGCACCAGUUUUAUGGAGAUUUCAUGAAAAGACAUGUACUGUUGAAAUUUAGGUCUCUACCGCUUUUUAAAAAACAUUGAAUUGAUACAUUGCAUUACAGUUUAGCUGUACUGAUGAGAAAAUUUUCCUUUAUGCUUAGAAGUGCACAGUCAACAAUGGAUAAGUCUACAAAUUCC